CACUGUAUGUUUCAUAAUAGUGCUACAUAAAUUUUCUUAAUAUAAAUUUAAUGUAUAGCUGCUCUGAUUUUUUGAAUGCUGAGGCAGGCGGUUAUGGAACUUUGGAAGAGCUACUGGAAGCUAUCACUUGGGCUCAGCUAGGCAUACAUAACAAGCCAGUUGGUUUGUUGAACAUUGAUGGGUACUACAAUUGCUUGCUAUCCUUCAUCGAUAAGGCAGUGGAAGAGGGAUUCAUUGACCCGGCUGCCCGUAAUAUUAUCAUCUCUGCACAAACAUCGCAUGAGUUGCUGUCCAAGCUUGAGGAAUACGAGCCCCGAGAGGUCGGCAUUGCACCCAAACUUAGCUGGGAGAUGGAGCAGCUGAGUCAAUCUCCGAAGCUGGACAUCGCUCGUUGACCCGAUAUGCUUAUGUAUAUUCUUCGUUUUAUUAAUAUUUUUAAAAAAGUUGUAUAUUUUAGUUGGCAACAACUGCUGCCUUUUGCCUAACUUUCCAUUUACGCUUUUAUUAAAAAUAUAUAUAUAUAUAUCUUUCUGCCAA